AUGGAGGACAAGAAGGCUCAUGAAGACACAUGGUCGAAUCAACAAGUUCACAAAACCUUCCCUCAAAACGCUGUUCGAGUUGUUGGACAACCGAAUACGUAUGUAGCAUUAUGGUAUCACUGCGGAAAACCAGUGAUGGGAAGAGCUUGGAACGAUUGUGGCGUCAUGCAGUGCGCCACUGUCGCUACACCAAUGAGCAGUAUGCGUGGUGCAAUAACAAUGUCACUCAACGCGAAAAGGACUACGGAAGACGAAUAUCGAAUCAAGAAAGGUAUGCUGGUGAGCACUCCACCGCAAAUCUAA